AUGGCUCGGAUCCCUCUCAUCGAUGUAGCUACUAGCACUGAGACUGAGGAGCAUAUAUACAAACGGUUCCCAUCCAACCUCGUUCGCGGUUUGCUGCGCACAACGCCGGAGAUCGCCAAUGGUUACUUGGACUUGGGCAAGGCUUUAUCAGGAUCGCCGCUGCCGCCAAAACUUCGUGAAAUGACUAUUCUGCGGGUCGGCGUACUUACCCAUAGUCCCUACGAGUGGAUGCAGCACAUCGAUAUAGCAAAAUUAGUACAUGUCGGCGACAAGGAGGUUAUCGCCGUUAAAUCGGGAGAAUAUGGCAAACUCACCGACCAGGAAGCGGCAAUGCUGCAGUUCGUGGACGAAGUCGUCGCGAAGCCAAAAGCUACGGACACCUUCGACUUGGCCCUGGCCAAUCUGGGAGAGCAGGGCCUGGCUACAGUGACUUUGCUGGUCGGGCACUAUAUGAUGACAGCCCGCUUCCUCGAAACACUUAACAUCGACCUGGAUAAGAACGCCACCAGCUGGGAGAACGCUUAG